GGGGUAAGAUGUAUAGUCGUAUUGACACAUCUUCAUUCCACACGAACACAAAAACGCCAUUUAGUUUUCCACAAUCAUCACUAUUCUCCUGCCUGAAUCGCCAUCUCUGCUUCUUGACGCUUCAGUAAUGUCAUCGCUCAAUCUCCGUCAGAAACAAACAGAAUGCAUAAUCAGGAUGUUGAAUCUGAAUCAACCUGUAAACACAUCGACUGGAAUGGCGAAUGAAGAAAUCUACAAGAUCUUAAUCUACGACAAAUCCGCACAAGAUAUCUUAUCGCCGUUAAUUCACGUCAAAGACUUGCGUAAGCAUGGCGUCACUCUCUUUUUCCUUAUUGACAAACCUCGUAAACCCAUCCCUGAUGUUCCCGCCGUUUACUUCAUCCGUCCAACUCAGUCAAAUAUCCAACGCAUCGUUUCGGAUGCUUUAGUUCCACUGUACGAUACAUUUCAUCUCAAUUUCACAUCCUCAAUUCCUCGCCCGUUAUUGGAAGAUCUGGCUUCAGGGUUACUGAAAAAUGUGAAUGAUAACAACGUCGUUUCGAGGGUUUCAAAGGUACAUGAUCAGUAUUUAGAUUUUGUGACAUUAGAAGAUAAUCUGUUUUCGCUUGCUUUCAGUAAUUGUUAUGUGCAAUUGAAUGAUCCGAAAAGUGAGGAAAGGGAAAUUAAUGAGGUGAUUGAGAAGAUUGUGGAUGGUUUGUUUUGUGUGCUGGUUACAUUGGGGGUUGUACCGGUGAUUCGUUGUCCACAAGGAGGGGCGGCUGAGAUGGUUGCAGUGGCGUUGGAUCAGAGAGUGAGGGAUCAUUUGUUGGCUAAGAACAAUUUAUUUAGUGAAGGAGGGAAUUUUGGGGCAUCGUUUCAGAGACCAAUUUUGUGUUUGUUUGAUAGAAAUUUUGAGUUGGCGAUGGGUAUUCAACAUGACUUUAGGUACAAACCACUUGUUCAUGAUGUAAUGGGGUUGAGGCUGAAUAAGGUCAAUGUGAAGGGGGAGAAAGGUGGGACGAAGGCGUUUGAGUUAGAUGGGGCGGAUCCGUUUUGGGUAGCCAAUGGAGGAUUGGAGUUUCCUGAGGUGGCAGUUGAGAUUGAGAAUCAGUUGAAUAACUAUAAGAAGGAUGUUGAUGAGGUGAAUAGGAGGACUGGAGGAACGGGUGGGGCGGAGUUUGAUGGGACUGAUCUGAUAGGGAAUACAAAGCAUUUGAUGAGUGCAGUUAAUUCGUUGCCGGAGUUGACCGAGAGGAAGCAAGUGAUUGAUAAGCAUACGAAUAUUGCGACUGUUUUGUUGGGUGAGAUUAAGGAGAGAUCGCUUGAUUCUUAUGCUAAGAAAGAGUAUGAUAUGAUGGCCAGGGGGAGUAUUGAUUGGAAUGAGCUGAUGGGAGUACUCAAAGGGAAGGGGUCUAAGAUGGAUAAGCUUCGUUUUGCUAUUAUGUAUCUUAUUUCUGUCGAAGCUGUUCCACAAUCUGAAGUAGAAAUGGUGGAGAAUGCGCUUAGGGAAGCUGAGAUUGAUACUAGCGCUUUUCAGUAUGUGAAGAAGAUAAAGUCGUUGAAUGUGGCCUUGACUUCUGCUAGUUCUGCUAGCAAAAGUAACUUAGUUGACUGGGCUGGGAAUCUAUUGGCUGCUGGGAUGAAAAAUCUGCUGUCAGGGAACCGGCAGCUUGCAUUGGCAAGGACUGUAGAAGCCUUGAUGGAAGGCAAACCUAAUCCUGAUGUCGACUCUUAUAUGUUAUUUGAUCCUCGUACUCCCAAAUCUAGCUCUGGUAGCCACCUUAGAGGACCUUUCAAAGAGGCUAUUGUAUUCAUGAUUGGUGGUGGGAAUUACAUUGAAAAUGCAAGUCUGCAAGAGCUUGCCUCCAAUCAGCAGCCGGCCAAGCAUAUUAUAUAUGGAACAACAGAGAUUCUUACUGGAGCCGAGUUUGUUGAUCAGCUUGCCUUGCUUGGAAAGAAGAUGGGAUUUGGCGUUAACCCUGCUCCUUCAGCCCAUUGACCAGUGUGAGUUGUUCAUGUACUUUAAAAGUUCACUGACAUGCUUGGUUUGUCCCAUCCUUCACCAGGAGAAGCCAAAGUGAGCGAGGAACCGAGUAUACAAAGGAUUGUUUGAAGCAUUUAUCAUGGUUAUAUGCAGUAAAGUAUUGGCUAACUUCUUGAUAAUGUGUAAAAUUGAGUAGAUUUUGCUCUUGAAUUCUGUUCUUUUAAGUAUGUUUGUUGCAUCUAAAUGUUGAUAAAUUGCAUAUCAUAAGUCUUUACUCAUAGCCUUUUCGUAUUAUCCGUGUAUUCUAUAUAUCUUGAAUUGUUUUGAUUCAAGUACUCUUACAAUUACAAUUUGAAGCAUUUACGAUGGUUCUUGUGGGUGUUA